CUACAUUUUUGUUUGCACAAUGAGCAAACCGACAAAUAGUUAAGUAACCUAUCAACAGUAACUAAUUGGCAAGAGGCCAUCCUCUUGUAUUACCAAACCUAUAUAAAGCUGGAAAAUGAGGCAUCUCUCUCAUUGCUGCCAAGAGGAAGAGGAUUCAAGAAAUCUUUCCUUACCAGAAGCGUGAAGUAAGAUGGCACAGUUCGAUGCAGGUAAUGUGGUGAUAAUGUCCCAGCCUACAUCUGCCAGGCAAAACAACUGGGGCACUGGACUGUGCAGCUGUUUCGAUGAUGUGGGAGUAUGUUGCUGUGGGAUGUUCUGUACAAUUUGCCUUGGCUGUCAGAUUGCAGGGGACAUGAACGAGUGUUGUCUGUGUGGGACUUCCAUGGCUAUGAGAACCCUCAUCAGGACAAAGUACUACAUAACUGGAAGUCUCUGUAACGAUUGGCUGGUAAGCAUGUGUUGCCUCCCGUGUUCUCUCUGCCAACUUAAAAGGGAACUAAACAGUCAUCACUGAUAUGAUCAGUGUUCAUCGCACGUACAUUGCAUUUCAUGUGGGAUAUCAUUGGCAGAACAACUGAAAUGACCAGAAUGACGAUAUAAAGAGGAUUGAUUGAUAUUGUAUGUGUUGAAUGUCACUGGCUCCAAUUCAUGGAUUCUUCAGAAGAGAAAUGUCUUUAGCAAUGUACUGUCUCCCUUUCAGCCUGAAAAACUGGUCUAUCUUCAUAAUGGCAUCACUAGAACAUGCAAAAAUACAAUAUAUGGGCCUCUAUUGUGUACUUUUACCAUUUUCUGAUAGUGCAGUUCUGAUAUUCGUUAAUCUGCUGUAUUUUUGCAUUUAAAUAAAAAAAUAGGAGCUUGCAACCUC